AUGUCCCUCACUCGCCUACGUGCCAUUGCAUCGCACCUCACGCAUGCGCCGCACUCGGCGCGCGCCGCCUCGAUGACUAUUCACAAUGAUAAUGCCGGAUGUUGCUCGCAGCCCGCCGCAUCUUCGACGUACACGCCGCGGGGGAUUUAUGUGCCAUUCGCCGGUUUCAAGCGAGUGUAUAUCACUGGUCCUAAGGAGUCAUCUAUAGCCAUCAUCUCGAUCUACGACAUCUUUGGGUUCAAACCUCAGACACAGCUUGGCGCAGACAUGCUCGCAGACGCGCUUCACGCACGUGUAGUGAUGCCGGACUUCUUCGAGCCAUCCGAAGCUUGGGAUGUCAGUAGACAUCCACCACAGACCGACGAAGACAAGGCGGCUUUCCAGAAGUUCUUUGCCGGACCUGCGAAACCUGAUGAGGCUGUCGUGAAGCUCGAGCGAGUCGUCAAGGCUUUGAAGGAGGAAGGAGUGAAGAAGGUUGGCGCGUAUGGAUUGUGCUGGGGUGGUAAAGUCGCCGUGCUUGCGGGUGCGAAGGAGGGCAGCGUGCUUGAUGCUAUCGCCACUGCACAUCCUGCGAUGCUCAAGGCGGACGACACGCUCUCGCUUGACAUACCGUUCGCUAUAUAUGUCUCCAAGGACGAACCGCAAGAAGAAUACAAUCGCAUAGUCAAGAUCCUGCAGUCAAAGCCAUUCGCCGACAAGGUCGAUUACGAUUAUUACCCCACAAUGUUCCACGGAUGGGCCGGCGCAAGAGCCAAUCUGGAUGACCCAGAGAACAAGAGAUUAUUCGACGAGGUCUACCGACGCAUGGGCUCGUAUUUCGGGAAGAUCUUGAAAGCCUGA